UCUAGCUCACUUUUCAUGCAAAAACAAAGAAAAUAAAAUUUUGCAUUUUCAUAAAAUGGAACACACAACCCACUAAAAGACAGGCUGGAAGGAUCCAAACACAAACCCCACCUCCUCUAUUAUUUCUAAUUUGUCCCUCCCCAUAAAACUUUUUUCAUUUCUAUUAUAUUUUUUAAUCUCAAAAAAAAAAAAAAAUCUCAAAAAAAAGUAGUUAAAUGGGAACAAAAAAAAAAAGAAAAAAAAAGGAUUCUUAUGUUCUUCCCCUUUCUUUCCUCUCUCUCUCUUCCUUCUUCCCUCCACUUUUCUUUCCUUUUCCUUGCUGCCACUGCUAAGCAUCUUUAAUCUUUACCUCCCCACUACUUUUGUUAUCUUUCCCAAAUUUUUCUCCUUUUUUUUUCUAACUCAUCUGGGUUUUUUUUCUCUAUUUUUCUGAGCUCAUAAUUUCUGGUAUAUAUGUCUAUCUUCCUAAGUUAAACUCAGUUUUUCUCUCUCUCUAACUCUCUUCCACUUAUAUUCUUCCUUUUGUUCUUUUGCUUAGUUUAGCAUUUGUUCAUUUGAUCAUAAAGUUUCUAUCUUUAUUCUCAAUUGAGUAGUUUUUUAUUUUUUUUUUUCACUUCAAUUGUGCUAAAAUUUGACCCUAGUUAAAAAAGAUUUCAUCUUUGUUUAUAACCCAGAAAAAUUAGAGAGAAUUUCUCUCUUUAAAUUUCUGGGUUUUGCUUCUUUUUUAAUUUUACUCAAUAACCAGAUUUGUUCCCCAAAGUAGAGUUUAAUUUAUUCAAUCAUGUUUCAUCCUCUUCUUUAAGAAACUGUACCUAAAAAGUGCAAAAAAUUCUUAGCUUGUCAUCUAAUAUUGUUUUGGGUUUUUGUGAAUUAGUGCUGAUUCAAUGGGUCUAUGUCAUGCAAAACCCAUUGAAAUCCCAGAAAAUAGGUUAGAAAGUGAGGUAAUUGAUGGUGAAAUUCAACCUAUAUCAUCAAAUAAUGGAAGUGGGAAAACCCCAAAAUUCCCAUUUUAUAGCCCAAGUCCAUUACCAAGUGCAUUUAAGAAUUCUCCAGCAAAUUCUAGUGUUACAUCAACUCCUCUAAGGUUCUUUAAGCGCCCAUUUCCUCCUCCAUCUCCGGCAAAGCACAUUCGGGCCUUGUUGGCCCGGAGACAUGGGUCAGUUAAACCCAAUGAAGCCUCAAUCCCUGAAGGGAGUGAAUGUGAUAUUGGAUUGGAUAAGAAUUUUGGUUUUUCCAAACAAUUUGCACAUCAUUAUGAGCUUGGUGAAGAAGUAGGGAGAGGACAUUUUGGGUAUACUUGUUCUGGUAAAGGGAAGAAGGGAAGUUUGAAGGGACUAGAUGUUGCUAUCAAAGUCAUCCCCAAAGCAAAGAUGACGACGGCCAUUGCAAUUGAGGAUGUUAGAAGAGAAGUUAAAAUAUUACGGGCACUUACGGGACAUAAGAAUCUUGUGCAGUUCUAUGAGGCUUAUGAAGAUGAUGAGAAUGUUUAUGUUGUGAUGGAGCUGUGCCAAGGUGGUGAGUUGUUGGAUCGCAUACUUUCAAGAGGUGGAAAGUACUCGGAAGAAGACGCAAAAGCUGUCAUGGUCCAGAUUUUAAGUGUGGUUGCCUACUGCCAUCUUCAAGGUGUAGUUCAUCGAGAUCUUAAACCUGAGAAUUUUCUUUUUACUUCCAAAGACGAUAACUCCCCUCUAAAGGCUAUUGACUUCGGGUUGUCUGACUAUGUAAAGCCAGAUGAAAGAUUAAAUGACAUCGUAGGAAGUGCUUAUUAUGUAGCCCCUGAAGUUCUUCACAGAGCCUAUGGGACUGAGGCAGAUAUGUGGAGCAUCGGUGUAAUUGCUUAUAUUCUUCUAUGUGGAAGCCGUCCCUUCUGGGCUCGCACGGAAUCUGGAAUUUUCCGAGCUGUUUUGAAGGCCGACCCUAGUUUUGAUGAGGCCCCUUGGCCUACUUUAACACCAGAGGCGAUCGACUUUGUCAAGAGACUGUUGAACAAGGAUUACCGAAAGAGAUUAACGGCUGCUCAGGCACUUAGUCAUCCGUGGCUUUAUGGUUUUCACCAGGACAUCAAAAUUCCUCAGGAUAUGAUAGUUUACAGGCUUGUAAGAGCUUAUAUAUGCUCGUCCUCCUUACGGAAAGCAGCUCUGGGGGCUCUUGCGAAGACAUUAACAGUGCCUCAGCUAGCUUAUCUAAAGGAGCAGUUUCAGAUGCUAUCUCCAAGCAAAAACGGUUACAUAUCAAUGCAAAAUUUUAAGACAGCUGCAUUGAGGAUUGCUACGGAUGCUAUGAAGGAUUCUCGAGCUAUGGAAUAUGUCAAUCUGGUUAGCUCAAUCCAGUACAGAAAGAUGGAUUUUGAAGAAUAUUGUGCUGCUGCCACAAGUGUGCAUCAAUUAGAAGCAAUGGAUACCUGGGAGCAACAUGCACGGCGUGCUUACGAGCUGUUUGAGAAGGAUGGCAACAGACCAAUAAUGAUUGAAGAACUGGCCUCGGAACUUGGACUUAGUCCAUCAGUGCCCGUGCAUGUGGUUCUUCAAGAUUGGAUCAGACACUCUGACGGGAAGCUUAGUUUUCUCGGGUUUGUUAGACUUCUACAUGGAGUCUCUUCUCGCACAUUUCAGAAGGCAUAACCAGUUAUAGGAACACUUCUAUGGUGCGAGUUUCUAAUUACUCGGUGGCCAAAAAUUCUCUUGGCGAAGCAUCUUUCCUUAAGAUGAAAGGUUCCCAUACACGGAAGCUCAGCUACAGAGGGUCACAUAAAGUUAACCCUAAUAAUAUCUGACCACUAACGAGCCUCCGCAAGCUCCCGCAUUAUUUAAGUCUUUUCUCCCCCCUCCUCGCUCCCCUCCCCCCCUUUUUGCCUUUUUUCUCAAAGAAUCAUAUAAAUGUUUCCUCUAGUGUUAGUGUUUGUUGGUGCUGAAAGGUAGAAAAAUGUACAGAUGAGACUUUAGAUUUCUAGAGUAGUGAACUGCUGGAAGUGAAAAUCAAGGUUUUGUUAUAAUUUUAUGCACAUGUUUUUCUCAAUAAUUGGGGGAAAAAUGUUUCUGAUUAAAUCAGUAGCAAAAAUGAACAUGAUGUAAUGAGAUUCUGGCUAUUUUUUCUGGUUCA